GCGGGAUGUGCGCACGGAGCGGCGGGAGCGGCGCUGGAGCGGUGAGGCUUGCGGCCGUACGCCCGUAUGGAGCCAAGCGGCGCCGAGGCGGCCUCCACCCGCUUCCUUGGCCUCACUCAGCGCUCUGUCUCUGAAGAUUUGGGUUGCAGACGCGGAGAGUUUAGCAGAAAGCAUUAUGGAUCAGUGGAGCUUCUUAUAUCUAGUGAUGCUGAUGGAGCCAUUCAAAGAGCUGGACGCUUCCGUGUGGAAAACGGCUCCUCUGGUGAGAAUACAGACUGCACCCCAGGAACAUGGCACAGAACAGAUGUGCAUUUGGAAAACCCAGAGUAUCAUACAAGAUGGUAUUUCAAAUAUUUUUUAGGCAAAGUUCAUCAAAAUUAUAUAGGUACAGAUGCAGAGAAGAACCCUUUCUUUCUGUCUGUUGUACUGUCUGACCAAAAUAAUCAGCGUGUUCCUCAAUACCAUUCAAUACUUUGGAGAAAAACAGGUACUCAGAAAAUAUGUCUCCCUUAUAGUCCCACAAAAACCUUAUCAGUAAAAUCUAUAUUAAGUGCUAUGAGUCUUGACAAAUUUGAGAAGAGCCCAAGGGAAAUUUUUCAUCCUGAGAUACAAAAGGAUUUAUUGGUUCUUGAAGAGCAAGAGGGAUCUGUGAAUUUUAAAUUUGGAGUCCUCUAUGCUAAGGAUGGCCAGCUUACAGAUGAUGAAAUGUUCAGCAAUGAAAUCGGAAGUGAAAGCUUUCAAAGAUUUUUGCAUCUCUUGGGUGACACAGUUACUUUGAAAGGCUGGACAGGCUACAGAGGAGGAUUGGACACUAAAAAUGAUACAACAGGAACGUGUUCUAUCUAUACAGUUUUUCAAGGGCAUGAAAUUAUGUUCCAUGUUUCAACCAUGCUUCCAUAUUCUAGAGAAAACAAGCAGCAGGUAGAAAGGAAGCGACAUAUUGGAAAUGACAUUGUCACUAUCGUAUUUCAGGAAGGUGAAGAGUCUUCUCCAGCAUUCAAGCCAUCCAUGAUUCGCUCUCAUUUUACGCAUAUUUUUGCCUUAGUGAGGUAUAAUAACCAGAAUGAUAGUUACAGGCUGAAAAUAUUUUCAGAAGAAAGUGUUCCUCUCUUUGGGCCUCCCCUUCCAUCCCCACCUGUGUUUACAAAUCACCAGGAAUUCAGGGAUUUUGUGUUAGUGAAAUUAAUAAAUGGGGAAAAAGCCACCUUGGAAACCCCAACAUUUUCUCAGAAACGUCAACGCACUCUAGACAUGCUGAUCCGCUCCUUAUACCAAGACCUGAUGCCUGAUCUACACAAGGUGAAUAACGUGCUCAACAGAAGGUCCUUCAGUGAUGUGUUACCAGAGUCACCAAAAUCAACACGGAAAAAAGAGGAAGCUCGGCAAGCAGAGUUUGUCCGACUUGGUCAGGCAUUGAAAUUGAAAACUACUGUGAAAGGGGAUGCCACAGCUAACUUGGCAAGCGCAAGCUUUUGUAAAAAGGAGCCUUGGGAAUCUCAAUCUUUCUGCAGUAAUUUUCCUCAUGAGGUUGUCUGUGCAGAUUCUUGGGGCCAGUCCUUGCUGGUUUCUACAGAUGCUGGCAUCUUGUUAAUAGAUGAUGGUCAACCAUCAGUGCAAGUAUUUGAUAAAACUCUCCAAAUAAAGCAGAUGCAUGUGUUGGAAGCUUUGGAUCUUUUGAUUGCCCGAACAGACAAAGGGAAAGAUUCUCGUCUCCUUGUCUUCAGACUCAGUGCUGUCCAAAAAGAUAUAGAAACGAAGCAAAUGAUAAGGAGCAAAUAUGACUGCAGAGAAAACAAACUGGAGAGAACAAAAGGCUGCCACUUGUAUGCCAUUAAUACUCACCAUGGCAGUGAACUGAGGAUUGUUGUGGCUAUUCGGAACAAACUACUUCUCGUCACAAAGAAAUAUAACCCGUGCAACAGCUUAACCAGCAGCUCUGUGCUGUCGUCAUCUGAAUCUCCAGUAGAGGAGUUCCAGUACAUCCGGGAAAUAUGCCUUUCUGACCCUCCAGUGGUUAUGACGCUGGUGGAUGGACCUACUGGUGACAGUGACAAUAUGAUCUGUGUGGCGUAUCGACAUCAAUUUGAUUUAGUUAAUGAAAGUACUGGGGAGUCCUAUAGAUUGCAUCAUGUUGAAACAAACAAGGUUAAUUUUGUUGCAGCUAUUGAUGUAUAUGAAGAUGGUGAAGCUGGGCUACUGUUGUGUUAUAACUAUGUUUGCCAAUACAGAAAGGUAUAUCCUUUCAAUGGAGGUUGUCCACUGAUCCAGCCAUCAGCUUGUGACUUCCAGUUCAGCUGGAAUCAAGUUCCUUAUGCUGUUGUCUGUGCUUUUCCUUAUAUCCUUGCCUUCACUACUGAUUCCAUUGAGAUCCGAUUAGUGGUGAAUGGGAACUUAGUCCACACAGCAGUUGUGCCUGAGCUUCAACUUGUAGCAUCAAGGUCAGAUAUUUAUUUUAAAGCUACUGCUGCAGUAAGUGGAUCAUCUGACAGCAGUGCUAAAGAAAUGAGUUCAAGAAGUUCUCCUCAAACACCAACAGCUUCUGAAAUGCCAGAAUGUCCUCUUUCUUCUCUAGAAGGUGAAGUUCCAUGCAAGAACCUGUACAAAAUUCCUCUCAGUAAUCUGGUUGGGCGAAGCAUUGAACGGCCUCUGAAGUCACCUUUGGCUCCCAAGGUCAUCACUACAACAACAUCCACUGGCAUUGCCACUCUUCCAGUUACUCACUCACUAUCCUUAUCUCGUAUGGAAAUUAAAGAAAUUGCCAGCAGAACACGUAAAGAAUUGCUGGGUCUCUUGGAUGAGCCUAUACCCAAGACAGAAAGUGCACAGAAGCAAAAAAAGGCUCCUCGAAGACAGUCAGACCCCAAGCAGGGAGCAGUAAGAUCAACUAGUAGUGACAGGAUAAUCUCGAACUCAUUUGAAAGCUAUUCUGAAGGACAUCAUCUUUCCACUAGUUCAGAUCCCAAUACUUUAGCAAACAGGGAGGAGAGCUCACCAUCUAGCUAUCCAUUUCAGCUGAUUUCUUUAUAUGAUGAAGACAUCAUUGACUUGAAGUGAAGAUAGUCUUAAAACCUUUCUUCCUUACUUCACAUUUUCUUAUAACUCUGUGAGCUCUAUGGGAAUGUCACAAACACUGCUUCUAGUGGUAAAAUGUGGCUGGAAGUAUUGGUGAUUACUCUUUAUAGAACCUGUGUUGUUCUGGCUAACUCAGCCUGGUUUGAUGAUGCUUCUAUCUUUGACAUAGAUAUGUUUUCUUUUCUCAGUUAAUGAACCAUUACUUCUUGUGGCAUUCUAAAAGUAGGUAAUCAAUGAGAGAUUAUGGCUGAAACUGAAGUAAAUAAAAAGUAUUACUUGUUCUGAGCUUCUUAUAAUUUGAAGUACCUGAAUGACAUUCAGCUAAGUUAACUACUGUUAUUAUAGUGAGUUGUUUUACAACAGUGUAUGUCAUGUCAUGUGAGACAUGGAGAGGUAAAAUUCCUAACAUAACAUAUGUUAUUCCAUAACAUCAGUCACUCCUUUUGGUAUUUCAGUAUUUAAAAAAACCAAACAAAACAAAACAACAAGGCUUACAGGCAAGGUCUUUCCAAACAUUGCAGUCUCUCCUUGAAAUGAUGCAGCUGCGGUAUGUUCACUGAAGAAUCAAGGAUGUUCUAUAACAGCCAGGUAAGAUAUGAAGAGGCUGCUUUCUUUGCUCUGGCCUGUCCAUGCACUUUUUUUAGAGAAACUUGGAAACUGUUUUGGCAGUAAGAAUCCUUAAGCAAAGAGACUUUUUAUAGAAACUUUCAAAAUAUUCAUUAAGAAUUGGAAGGGAAACUUUCAAAAUAUUCAUUAAGAAUUGGAAGGGAAAAAAAAAAAACAACGGCUGUAUUUCUCCAUCUACUGGAAAACUGUUACUCUAGUGUACCUAAAGAUUUUCCCAGUACAGGCAGAAGAGCCACCCACUGCUUUUCUUUCUGACUACGCAAAGAUUCCUAUGCAGGCAUCAGCAUUAGCUAUUGGCUGCUCUUGCAUCAAGAGUGUAAGUCAUUCCAGAUGAUCAUAUUUCUCUAACUGGAGCUAGAUAGAAAUUUCACUGCUAAGAAGCUAGUUUUCUAUGAUGAAAUAGUCAUCUUAGAUUUUUUUUUUCUAUGUUAAAGGCAGGGUUUCAUGUUUAAAGCUAAAUUAUUUUUAAUAAUCCUUUCCUGUAUGCCAAAAAUCAAUGUUAAACAGUAUUUUGAAAGGGUUUUGUUCUGUUUGGGGUUUUUUCUUUGUUUGUUUUGUUUCAUGAAAGUGUGAUGCUUCCAGCCUUUGAUGAUUUUAGCUUUAUUAGGAAGUAUUUCUUGUUCUAUAUGUAGAAAUAUUUCCGUAUCCUUGAUUUUAUUUCAUAAUAUCAUUCAUGUGUCAUGAUUUCACUUUCUGUCCAAGCAUGAUCAUCUGGAGAUGUGUGCCUUUUGCUUGGGUCUGUCUGAAUGUAAAACUGGUUUUGCAACAUAUUUUUUGCCCAAUUUCUUGUAUAUAAUACACCUAAGAAAGGAUGCAAGGCCUUACCUGAAAGAAUCGUGUCUUUCAACUGGAGUGGCUGAUCAACAAAAGAAGCAAUGCUUUCAGCAGUAAUUAGUCUAGGAGCAGAAGCAGUACUAACCAGUGGCUACUAUUGUUUCAGUAUUAUUGCACCCAUAGAUGUGUGGCAAUGAACCUUGAUAAGCAUUUAAAAGAAAGUGCCAGCUCAAAGUCUUUGCAAGAGCUUGUAAUAAUUUUUGAGAAUGUAUACUUCUAGAGAUUGUGUUAAUUUGCCCUGUCCUACUUAUCUGUGCAGCUAAGAUUUAAAAAAAUCAAUCUGAAAGUAUCAUGUGGUGCUUAUUCUCCUGGAAGUUGUAAAAACUUCUGUGGACUUAGUGAAUGCACUUUAGGGAGCACUGCUUGCACUUAGAUAUUUUUAGAAAGCAAAAGCACCACCGUUUUCCAUAAACAGAUUUCUCAAUGUAGUAUUUCAUUUUGGUUAUGUGGGUGUUCUUGAAGACUGUACCAGUGUAUUGCAAAAGUGGAGCUUUAGUUAAAAUACAAUUUUAACUGGAAACUUUGCUUUGCACUGUUAGGAUAUCAGAUUUUAAAUACAUUUCAGGUGUUCACUUGUGCUAUUCUAGCAUGAUUUGACAUGACUAAACCCUCAUUUGAUAGCAGUUGAAGCAGUAUAUGGAGAUUUUAAAACUUGUUUGGAAGAACCUGAACAAACACAUAUUUUGGUAUCCUGAAAGACAAGCCUUGGAGAUGGAGCACUAGGGAGAUCAAGAAGAAUGAGGAAAGCUUGACAGAAAGCUUGACAGAAAGCUUGACCACUGGCUAUGAUGGUGGUCAGGGUGCACGUGGAUGUGACAUUUGCAUCAUAAUCGAGACUUGAUUAUAGAAAGGGGGGGCCAAAAAGCAAGAGGUACUUUCCUUAACCAGAACCAUAGUAGUGGCUAUAGAAUAUUACCAUAAAGUAAGAGAGAGAGAGUGUGUGUGUGUGUGUGUGAAUUUUUGAAGGGCUACCUGUAAUUACAGCAUUGAUGACAUCUAGCAAAUACUAACAAACAGCAAAAAGACUGUAAGGAGUCCAGAUUAAUUUUGAUUGCUUGAGCUAGACAAAAACAGGUCAGAUUAUCUCCAUGGUACUUAUCUGCAAUAGGAUGUUGGUAUAGUUUGAGGAGGGAAGCCCAGCAACUGCCUCCCCUGCACCUCCCAGCUGAAUUUUAUGCUACAGCUUGACUUUAAGGGGUCAGGUGCAAGCUGUUAUGUAGGUCACAAUGGGAACUACCAGACCUAAUAGACCAUUACUACAGGACUGGAAGCAUCUGAACCCUGGCAAAAAAUUACCUGUCUUCAUUCCUAAUGUAUGCAGUAAGUGCCUUAACAAGGCUGCUGCUGCUUGAGUUUUUGCUUCUGUAAUUAAUCAGCGUGCCUUGCAGGGAUGUAGGGUUAAUGUUAGACCUAACAAAAGAAGUUGGGAGAGAUCUAGACCAAAUAAGUUUGGUUUAUAAGGCACCUGGAGGUGGUAGCUGAGGCUUCAGGCUCAUGUGUAUGUAGUUUACUACGUACACUGUAUGAGAGCAGCCUAGAGUAUAGGUAGGAGGCAGAGAACAUGGUAAUAAUGUUCCAAUUUUAUUUGGCAUAAGCCACAAGAACCAAUUUCUAUGAAGGUCUUUAUCACAUUUAUUGUUUCAAAAGACAGAAUAUCCCACAAUAAUAUAAAAUUGCUGACACAGCUGGACAAAUAUCCACUGUACAAGGAUGUGGUGUUUGUGGGCUUUCAACAGUCUCAUCAGACUGCCGUGCAUUACAUGCCUCUUAGUGUCAUGAGUUGGCAUCCUCUGAACUAGCUUCUAGCCAUUGUUUCUUUUAAAAUACUGUCUUAGAUCAAUACCAUUCAGACUGCUUAUUAAAAUCAAAACAAAAGCCAGCUGGUAGCAGUGAUGCAGUUCUUGUGCGUCAUUUCUAAAGGACAAGGUUUUUAUACAUCUGUGCAACCUCUCCUCCUUCAGACCCAUGUCAGAUGACAAGGCUUGUUGGAAGGCUCCUGGGAUGGAUGUUCACUCCAGCCUUAGAGACAGGUUGUUUCCCUUCUGCUUUUCCAGCAUGUGCACUCAUCUACUCAUUAAACCUUCCAGGUCCUUCUCCUCAGGGCUGCUCUCCAGCCCUUCUCUGCCUGACUUGUAUUUGUGCCUGGGAUUGACAAGGCCCAAGUGCAGGACCUUGCACUUGGCUUUAUGAGGUUUGCCUGGGCCUACCUCUCCAGCCUGUCCAGGUCCCUCUGGAUGGCAUUCCUUCCCUCCAGCGCUUUGACCGCACCACACAGCUUGGUGUAAUCGGCAAACUUGCUGAGGUUUGCUGUCUGCCUUCAUGUGACUUUGUACAUGCACAAACAUUUGUAAUUGAUUGGUAGAUUCAAAUUAAUUUUUUUUUUUGGUAGUACCAGGCUAGUCCACUGAAUAAAUAUUUAAACAGUUCUUAUUAGAGCAGGGGACAGGGAGCACCCACAUGAAAUAUAACAUUAUUUCAUAACCAGUUACACAUGCUCGCUUGCUGCUCCUGACAUUUACUUUCUGCCGUUAUAUGUAUAUUUGACCAAGCCACAGAUUCAAGCUCAUGUGUGUUUUCCUGAAGGUGUAGAUCUAGAACUUGUGCUUGCAGAUGCAGCAUCUUAGUCUGCAUUUGAGAUACAUAUCAUUUGGGUUUGGACUUGGUUUUUAAUACAUAUAUGUAUGUAUAUACAUGUAUGUGUAUAUAUUUGUAAAUUCUACCACAAGUUUUAAGGGAUUAAAAGUCCUAAGCAUAUCUAGUAUUCUAAAGUAAUGUGAUCUUACAGGGGGGAGGGGAGAAGUCCCAUCUGCAAGCAGUAGGUUAUUUCAGAAUAAUUUUUGUGCUUGUGUGUGUAUGAAAAUAAGUAUCAUACUAUUAUCAUUACCAAUUUGAUGCCAUGGUUCAUAUGCACAGUGCUUUCUAAUUCUGUUAAAGCAGUAUUUUUCUCAGAUAAGCUUAGCCUGAUUUUGUGGAGGAAUAAAUUAUACCCUGAGAGCCUAAUACUAACCAUAGGGAAAAGCUCACAUGACAGUAUGCAGCAAGCAUUGGUACCUGCACCCAACUUGUACAAGUUGAGCACAGCAACUUCACCGGCCUGUCCACUGCCUGCCUGCUUCACUUGGUUGCUGACCCGCAACUGAGUCCUGCUUGCUGUUGGAAACCAUGAUACUAGCACAUGAUUUGAAGAUAAAAUUUCAGAGAUUGUUUUCUGCAUAUUUAUUUAUAGCUCUAUUAAGUAUUUAUCUGGUUGAAUGGAAAAAUGUUUCGUCUCUAAAGGUUUAUGCAAAAAGUGUUAUCAGUCUGGAGCGUCAGUUUCAACUAAGUCUUUGAAUGUUAGCAGACUGCUUUGUAAUAGUUGCGUAUUGUUAAGACUGUUGCUAAGUUUGUGAUGAAAAAUUCUUUAUCUACCACUUGUCUUAAAUACCAAUGUAUUACCAUUGUUUUUAACAUCAUGUGAUAGUGUAUAUGGUUUGUGUUUUAGAUGUGACAUCCAAAUAGAAACAGUCCUAUCACAGCUGGAACUGUUUUAAGUGCCAUUUAUCACUUUUGGGAAGGAGUAACAGAUGUUUUAUUCCUCCAUAUGUAAUAAACCAUAAAUUUGACCUCA